UUUGCUUCCCCUCAUGUCCUUCUGGAAAACUUUGGUGCUCUGUGAGCAAAAGUUAGCCAAGAUUCACCCCUGGGAAAUCCUGAAGGUGUCAGAAAAGCCACAGAUGUCCUUCCUGCGCACAGUCUGAUACUUGUUUACAAGAUCACACACACACAGGUGUCCACACUCUGACACACUGACCCACUUUCUCAUCCUGCGUUCACAUAGUUUAGCGAUCUACGUGCACUCAUUCAAACAGAGCGACCAUGCCGACUGACACGAACUAAUCAACCAAACAAGGGACUGACUGGGCUGACUGUCUUCUGUGAAAACAAACCCAAACUUGUUCAUUUCCCACAGAUGCAGAUUCAAUAUUCAGCUCCUGUGCACACAGCAGUGCAGAGAUGCGGGUCCAUGUUUUCCCGCACUCACGUGUACCCGCCGCUCCGCGUCAAGCUGUCGCUGAAGAGAGGAGAGCUCAUUAAAGGAGCAGCUCCUGCUGUCCCAUAUCAUCAUCAUCGUCGUCAUCAUCAUCAUCAUCAGCAGCAGCAGCAGCAGCAGGAGCCAGGCUUCCCCCAGUCACUGUCGGUCAGGGCUCCAGGUGAACGGCGCCUUCUCAACCUCCAGAGCACCAAACUCAGACGGGAACCAUGCUUUUAAUGACUCAAUAAACCUCACUAGCGUCAAAAUGAAACGUGGAAGGUCUGUUCUCAACUCCAAAUGCCCCAUCUUCCCCUACCAUGAGAAACCAGGAAAAAGACACAAGCCCAACUUUGCGCUGUCUCCACCAACAGACUGGGGCAACCUGCCCUACUGCAUCGUUCUGCAGAUCUUCCAGCACUUGUCCCUGGUGGACCGGGCUCGAUCCUCAUCCGUGUGCCGGUGCUGGAACGACGUGUUUCACAUGCCCGACCUGUGGCGACGGUUCGAGUUUGAGCUCAAUCAGCCAGCCACGUCUUACUUGCGCUCCACUCACCCCGACCUGAUUCAGCAAAUCAUCAAGAAGCACGCCCAACACCUGCAGUAUGUUAGCUUCAAAGUUGACAGUAGCACAGAGUCUGCAGAGGCAGCCUGCGACAUUCUCUCUCAGCUGGUGAACUGCACCAUCAAAACCUUAGGGUUGAUUUCCACAGCGCGGUCCAGCUUCAUGGAUGUGUCUCAGGCCCACUUUGUCUCUGCUCUGACAGUCGUGUUUGUGAACUCCAAGUCUCUGUCGUCCAUCAAGAUCGAUGACACCCCGGUGGAUGAUCCAUCUCUGAAGGUGUUGGUGGCCAACAACAGCGACACCUUGAAGCUUCUGAAGAUGAGCAGCUGUCCUCAUGUCUCCCCAGCAGGCAUUUUGUGUGUGGCAGAUCAGUGCCAUGGCCUCCGAGAACUGGCGCUAAACUACCAUCUCCUCAGUGAUGAGCUCCUGCUUGCUUUGUCCUCUGAAAAGCACGUCCACUUGGAGCAUCUCCGCAUCGACGUGGUAAGCGAAAACCCUGGCCAGACUCACUUUCACACCAUCAAGAGAAACAGCUGGGAGGCUCUGGUCCGUCACUCCCCCAAGGUCAACAUCGUCAUGUACUUUUUCCUCUACGAAGAGGAGUUUGGGCCCUUCUUCUGCGAGGAGACCCCGGUCACCCACCUGUACUUUGGCCGGGCUGUGAGUAAAGAAAUGCUGGGCCGCAUCGGGCUGAACUGCCCCCGGCUGGUGGAGCUGGUGGUGUGCGCCAACGGCCUCAAUCCACUGGACGAGGAACUGAUCCGCAUCGCAAAGCGCUGUAAAAGCCUGACAGCCAUCGGGCUGGGUGAGUGCGAGGUGACCUGCAGUGGCUUUGUGGAGUUUGUGAAGACGUGCGGGGGCAGACUGACGCAGCUGUCGAUCAUGGAGGAGGUGUUGAUUCCAGAUAACAGCUACAACAUGGAGCAGAUCCACAGUGAGGUGUCGAAGCACCUGGGCCGCCUGUGGUUCCCUGAUAUGAUGCCCACCUGGUAAAGUGAUAGUAAAUGGACAACAGCCAGUGACAGCAUAACCUAUCUGGACAUCGAAUAAGGGACCUUUUAGGCCUUAUUCAAACAAAAACCAAAUCAAACCAAAGCUAUGUUGCUAUUUUACUUUUUGAAAAGUUCCUUUAAAACACCAAAUAAUUUCUAGAAAUAUUGUCAUUGUUUAUCUAUUUCAGUUUUUUUAAAGCAGAGACCUAAACAGAGGAAUGCAACAUAAGAAAAAACAAUGUUACAAAAGCUCUGGUUCUGUCUAUAAGUCAUUUAGCCAAAGGUUAAUUUACAGACCCUACCCUGAUUAGGCAUUAUAAGCCAACCUUUAAAACUAAUAACACCAAGAAAUAUGUAAAAUUAACAGUAGUUAGUUUUACAUAUGUAGCUUAUAUAUAUAUAUAUAUAUAUAUAUAUAUA